CGAUGAUAAAGAAAAAUGCGGAAAAUUUCUUCAAAUGUUUUGGUUUACUUCGCUAUCUUUCACAUGUCCGUAUUGUUGCUGAUAUUUGCAUUUAACCUUAGUAUCAACCGAAAUAAAGAGUUACCCUCUAGAAAAGAAUAUACGGAACAAAGAAGCCAAACAAUGGACGAAGUUGUAGGGAUUGCCAAUCGUAUGAAUGUCAAACCCCUCUUGGUGACUUUAGUUAAUGAAGCUUUCUUUCCAUUUGUAUGUAGUUGGCUUUGUAAUACAAAACACAUGGGUAUUCAUUCACAAGUAUUGAUUCUCACAACCGAUAUGGAAACAAGAAAUAAAAUUCAGAAUCUUUGGUCAGAUGUGACAGUAGUUGCUAUAUCAAGCAAGUCUUUUAAAGGUGAACAGGAAUACAGUCAUGCUGGCUAUAUCAGACUACUCAACUUCCGGUCACAUAUUGUUUUGAAGCUGCUAUUCGACAAUAUAGAGCUUCUGUUGUUUGAAGUAGAUGCAGUAUGGUUUCAUAACCCAAUACCACUGUUGUCCAAAGAAAAAGGCUACGAUAUACUGGUAUCUCAUGUUUCUAGCCGACCAAACCUUGUUGCAGGUGGGUUUAUCUAUAUGUUUCCAACAAUAAGAACUAAAGAAUUAUGGACAAUGCUGGAUGACAGGUUAAGUUCUCUAGAUAACAAGAUUUCGUCAAUGCCAUCAAACAAGACAAUUAGUGAAGAACAGAAUGACCAGGUUUAUCUUUCUGGUCUAGUCAGAAAAAGAUUUAGAGGAAUAAGACCAAAAUAUUUAUCACUAGAAUUAUUUGCAGAUGGCAAAUGGUACAAUUUACCAGAAUUAAAACGCAAUAAUUCGCAACCUAUUAUCGUAAAUAAUAACUGGUUAAUUGGUAUUAGUAUUAAAAUUUCAAACGCAAAGAAAUGGAGACACUGGUUCGUUGACGAGGAUAACUUUUGCAAUGGUAAUACUGGUAAAAUAUAACAAGAGACGUUUUAAACAACUGUUAAGAUCUCAUGUUCGUUGCAAAAUUCAAAAUGAAGAUUGCAGGGAAUGAAAAUAAGGAUGCUAUCAAAAUUUCAUUCAGCCGGAGCGCAUUUCUGGAUUUAUCAAUACAGGUAUUAGGAAUGCUCAAAUCCAGACAUUUGAAAGCCAUCUGUUCAUUUCACACCAAAAAGUCAUUGAUAUCUUUUUUUUUUAUAAAUGGUGAUCACUCUUUAGUGAAAAGAGCCGAAGGCUAGAUUGAAACGUUAGUGGGCCGGCUUACAUGUCAAAAAGAACACAACAUGGUAAAAUAAAACAAUGAGACGGGUUUAUAAUAAAUGAAUAAAUACUAUCAUAUUUCGAAAUAAUAGUAUUGAUCAGUAUUUUUAAAGGUUUGAAAACUUCUAUCAAUCUACUUUAUUCUUAAUUAGUAUGUAUUCCUUAUUCGCAACAUCUCUGUGUUCCUGGUUAAUGAAUAUUUAGAAAAGUCGAAUGACACAAAUUCAAACAACAUCCAUGGAGCUCCUAGAUUUAGUUAUAAUUAUUGGCAAAUGCAACAGUCUGUAUUUAUGGCUUAAAUUCUCAGUCUUUAUGUGGAGGAGGGGGGAUGGGGUCA